ACAUCGAUACAUACAAUUUGAGUUUGAUGAUACAUGUAGUCGUUGUAUAAAUGUACUUUACUUGAAAUUAACUCCAGAGACAAUCACCGUCCACCGGUGAACAAACAGUUAAACACGUCCACACGUGUAUAUAUAACACAUAUAUCUGCAUUCUCUUCAACUCUUCUUGUAUAUUCUUCACUCUUCCAUUCUCUCUCUCUCUCUCGAAUAAUAUUAAUAGCAAGAAUCUUAUCAAGCAGGGGUAAAUAAAAUAUGCCUUAUUGUGAGGUGGGAAAAUACCAGAACACUGCAGAAGCCGCCGGCAACAAUGGAAUCAAGAUUUUCUACGAAACGUACGGUCACGGCCCCGUCAAAGUGUUAUUGAUCAUUGGAUUAGCUGGCACACAUGAAUCGUGGGGUCCACAGAUUAUGGGGCUCGCCGGAACUUUGACGCCGAAUGACCAGGAUUGGCCGGACGGUGAUCGGAGCUCAGAUGAAGUUGGGGGGGCUCACGAGAGGCUUGUUGAGGUUUGUGCUUUGGAUAAUCGUGGAAUGGGUCGUAGCUCUGUGCCUGCCAAGAAAUCGGAGUACACAACAAGAAUCAUGGCCAAAGAUGCUAUAGCUGUGAUGGACCACUUGGGUUGGGAAAAAGCACAUGUUUUUGGCCACUCCAUGGGGGCUAUGAUAAGUUGCAAACUGGCAGCAACGGUGCCUGAUAGAAUUCUGUCCUUGGCUUUACUAAAUGUCACUGGUGGUGGUUUUGAAUGUUUCCCGAAGCUUGAUCGACAAACUUUAUCCAUUGCUAUUCGGUUCUUAAAAGCUAAAACUCCUGAACAAAGAGCAGCUGUUGACUUGGACACUCACUACACAAAGGAAUAUCUCGAGGAACUUGUUGGAUCUAAAUCUAGAAGAGCAAUUUUGUAUCAAGAAUAUGUCAAAGGCAUAUCAUCAACUGGUAUGCAGACAAAUUAUGGUUUUGAUGGACAGAUCCAUGCAUGCUGGACACACAAAAUGUCGCAAACGGAGUUUGAGUUGAUGCGGUCUUCUGGAUUUUUGGUAUCAGUUAUUCAUGGAAGGUACAACUUAACUGGCAUUAAGUUUUCGUUUCUUCACCCAAUUAUACCUGGUCAGACUACUAAGACACUUUUCAUGACUUUUAGGAAGGAUGUUAUUGCCCAGUUACGUCAUGCAAGGAAACUUGCCGAGAGAUUACACCCUUUUUCCAGAAUGGUAGAACUUCCUGGUGGGCAUCUUGUGAGUCAUGAGAGGACUGAAGAGGUCAAUCAAGCUCUCCUUGAGUUGAUCAGGGCAUCAGAAAGUGAUAUGGAUCCACUUGAAUGGACAAAUAUACCGCAGCCUAGCGCUGGGUGGGCAGUGACCAGAGUAUCAUUUUACAAGAGAAAUUCAGAAGCUGGAAACAGAACAUCUUCGAAGUUUGGCGUUGUGGAAAAGAUAUAUCUAUUCUUCAUGUACCUCUUUGGUCUCCUCAUAUUGGCAUGUGAGCAUUUUUGGAGAGCAGUAAAAAGUUUAAGGCCAGCUAGAGUAGAAGCAGUGGCCUCAUAAAACCCUUCGAUUGACACAACCUUUACAUUAACUCGAUUUUUUUUAUGUAAGAUAGCUGAGAAACUUGGCCAUCUGUACCAUAUAUAAAUUGUACUGUCUGGGAGGUAAAUUGCAGCAUAAUUUACGCAUACCAGUAAAGUGUAUACUAUACAAGGAUUGGUGAAGAUUUCACCAUUUGCAACUUGCAAGAACUAGAAACCUAACAAGGAGCGACCAGUGUAUAUUUAUAGCAGGUUCUCCUUGUCUUCUGAAGGUCCAAGACCUCGUUCAAGUGUAAACUCUUAAUUAUCUAUUCUAAUAAAAUCAAAGUGUAAACUCUUAAUCAUCGAAUCUAAUCUGAUAAGAAUCAAACUGAGCAGAUAUUAAGCA